GGGGGCGAGGCACCAGCAGGAGCCAGCAAGAGUGGCCAGUCUGCGCCUCACCAGCGUCGACCAUACACCGCUUCACCGCUGCUCCAACACCACCACCACCAAGAUGCCACGGGACAACGCCGCCAACCAACUCUCUGAGUUCAAGAAGAGCCAGACGGCUCCAGAGCGUCUGACAACAGGCCUCGGAUGUCCUCUUUCUGACAGAAUGAACUCCCUGACUGUUGGGCCACGAGGCCCCAUUCUACUUCAAGACUUGCAGUUAAUUGAUGAGAUGGCUCACUUUGAUAGAGAACGCAUUCCUGAAAGAGUCGUUCAUGCAAAGGGUGCUGGUGCAUUUGGAUACUUUGAGGUGACUCAUGACAUUACCAAGUAUACCAAAGCCAAGAUAUUCAGCGAGAUUGGGAAGCGUACACCGCUAGCUGUGAGAUGUUCAACUGUUGGUGGCGAGAGUGGCUCGGCAGACACUGCCAGGGACCCCCGUGGUUUUGCAGUCAAGUUCUACACUGAAGAGGGAAAUUGGGAUUUAGUUGGGAACAACACGCCCAUCUUCUUCAUCCGGGAUCCCGUUCUUUUCCCGUCUUUCAUUCACACACAGAAGAGGAACCCUGUUACUCAUCUUAAGGAUGCAGAUAUGUUUUGGGAUUUCAUGACAUUGAGGCCAGAAAGCACACACCAAGCCACUUUCUUAUUUUCUGACCGAGGAACCCCUGAUGGUUAUCGUCACAUGAAUGGCUAUGGCUCGCACACAUUCAAGUUGGUUAAUGCCAAGGGAGAGGCAGUUUACUGCAAGUUCCACUACAAGACAGACCAAGGGAUUAGGAAUUUGACUGCACAACGGGCUGAUGAAUUAGCUGGGACGGACCCGGAUUAUAGUAUUCGUGACUUGUACAAUGCUAUCAGCAGCGGCAAUUUCCCAUCUUACACCAUGUAUAUCCAGGUUAUGACAUUUGAACAAGCUGAAAACUGGAAAUUUAACCCAUUCGACUUGACGAAAAUCUGGCCUCACAAAGAGUUCCCUCUUAUUCCCGUUGGCCGUAUUACCCUUGAUCGCAACCCUAAGAACUAUUUUGCUGAGGUGGAACAGAUGGCAAUGUCACCUGCCAACAUGGUUCCUGGAAUUGAAGCAUCUCCUGAUAAGAUGCUUCAGGGUCGACUCUUCGCCUACAAUGACACUCAUCGCCAUCGACUUGGUCCCAAUUACACUCAGAUUCCUGUGAACUGUCCCUAUCGUGCCCGUGUGAGAAACUAUCAGCGUGAUGGACCCAUGACUGUUGAUAGUAACCAAGAAUGUGCACCAAACUACUACCCGAACAGCUUUUCUGGUCCCGUUGAUUGUAAGAAGACUGGGUUUGCAGAGUGUAAAUACAAUGUGACAGGUGAUGUUUCACGGUAUAAUAGUGGCGAUGAAGACAACUUCACUCAAGUUGGCGACUUCUACCACAAGAUUCUAAACGACGAGGGCCGUAAGAAUCUUGUGGAGAACAUUGCUAACCACUUGGUGAAUGCACAAGAUUUUCUGCAAGAAAGGGCUAUCAACAUCUUCUCACAGGUUUCUCCAGAGUAUGGUAAUGGUGUUCGUGAAGCUCUGAACAGGGUGAAGGCAAAGACAUCUGCAAUCUCUGCUUCCCCAGCAUCUAAUGCAAAACUCUAGAUAUGGAUAAAAUGGUAUUCCUACCACCAGAAAUGCACAAUUAAAAUAUCUUCAAAUUCUCUUAGUGAUUAACAUUAUUUAGUUAUUUUUAUACAUUUAUGUAUACAUAUAUAAGCAAUUUAUAUAAAUAUUUCAGGAAAUAAGUACAGAGCAGCACUUGAUUUCCGAACUUUAGUUAUCCGAAACUUCCAGUUUCUCGAUUGGGGUUGGGGAGUCAUGCUACACGAACAAAGUUCGGGUAGGAAGGGAUCUGCCAAACCUCGCGCCAGCCCGUGGUGGGAGAUGGUUCAGUUUGCCCACCUGAUUGUGUUAGGCGCCACCACUCAAUAGAGUGCCUUCUACCCUGUGACUUCCCAGAUUCACAGCCUAUUAUUGCUAUUAUUUUGAUUUGUCACGAGGCUAGAGUGUUCAUUCUGUGAUUUUAUUUUACAUAACUGCACAAUCAAGGAACAUCUGUGCAACAUGUCGGCUAAAAAUGCACGCAUUGCGUCAGUGAUGGCUGACUGGUGGGUGGAUGGAUGGAUGGAUGGGGGGAGCUUAGGUGGGAGGCAGUAUAUGAGAGAGGGGGAGAAUUAGUGGGAAUGAGAGGGAGGGGGAGGUAAGAAGAGAUGAUAGGAGGUAGGCAGGAAGGGAGGAAAGUUGUGAGGGAGGAUGGGAGAAUUAGGGAGGGAUGGAUGGAUGUUGAGUUGAACUGCGUGACCUUUGAGAGUAUGGGAUGUAGGGGUGGGGAGUGGUUUGUCGGUGGUGGGGGAGAGACCGGCUCACUCCCGAAGAUAAGCCUAACACACUCGGCCUAGGCUGGCUGGCCUGGGCCGGCUGGCCUGAGCUGGCUGGCCUGGGCCUUCCGGCCUGGGCUGGCUGGCAGGUUAAUAAUCAGCUAGGAACAAUUAAGGACUUUUAUAAAGCGGAUCAGGACUUCACUUAUUGGCGAGUACAAACAAAAUACGGUCGCAUUUAUGCUAUGAACCUGUCUAUUUCUUCCCCUACAGUUUUUUCAUAAAUUUUUUGGAAAAAUUUCUUUUUACAUUUCUAGUUUAUUUUUUCCCUCUAUUUCUCCUUUACGAACUUAAAUGAUAACCGACGGGUCUCGUCUCCAAGGGGUUCGGAAACCAAGUGGUGCUCUGUAUUGGCAUCUUAAUUUUGUUAUUGUAAGACCUUAAAUGUUGCAUUGUUAGUUGGUGGGGCAAUUUUCAGGUAAUAAAUUUUUAAAUACAUGGAAAUUUUAGUGUGUUAUACCAACAACUUAGAUUGUUCUAUCUCCAGCACUUUAUAUGUGGAAAGUUGUAUGCUGUCAUUAAUUAAGAUUGGCUUUAUACAUUUUUCAUGAAUAUAUAAUUAAUGCUUUGUUCCCUCUCAUAGCUUGAAUUCAAUGGGACAAUUUAUUAUUUUAUAUUUGAUUUUUUCAACAGUACAAUGAAUAACCCAACAUUCCGAAUAAAUAAUAAGGACUAAAGUCCAUGGCAUGCAAUGUCAUAGGUUUUUGCAACCCAAGAAUGUAUCUGUUAUAUACUGCUUUGCUACUGUUAAGUAAUAUCAUUGCUUAAUUUCUUUAAUAAAAAAAUAAGAUAAAUUUCAGUGAAUAACAAAUCUGUUGAGAACUGGAAGAAUACCCGAGGUGUGGUAGUGCAUGAGAAUAGCCGAGAGCUGAACAGAGCAAGUGAUCAGUUAAUGACUUUGCUUCAGACGUUGACGUGUUCAUGCUUUUGUCUUCAAAUUUCUGUUAAAAAAAUUGUUUUAUUUGCUUGUCUCACCAUUUACGUUGGAAUAAUUUUCAAAUGAGGUAUAUAGUUGAUUUCUAAAGGGAAUAGAUGCUAUACAGAUUAAAUAGUUAAUAUAGGAAUGGAUGUUUGGGCUGUGAAUAUGUAACAUAAGAAGUACUUGCUGUUGGGUUUUAUACCCAAUACAUUUUUGUUAAUGUGCAUCAUGGUGGCAUUUCCUUACAAGUGAAGCUUCAUUUAUAUUUACACAAAAAGUUGUGGUUUUUAUAUUAGAAACCUUCUUGUGUACACAAGGUGAAAUAGUCUUCAUAGCUUUCAUUUUCUUUUUGCAUCUGAAUAGUAAAAUAUUGCAUCAUUUACAGGUAAAUAUAAGCUUGGAGAAAUGUUUCCUCUCUAGUUUUAACAUGGGAAAGUGUGAUUUUAAUGUAAGUAAUGGACAUGGUAUUAUUAGGAAUUGAUUUACUAAAAGAACAUUACUAAUGAACUUUUAACUGUAACAUAGUGAUAAAUAAUAUUCACAUGCUGAAGGUGAAAUGUAGGUGCUAUUGCAUUUAGAUAGUUAAAUUCUAUGAUCAGAUACUGUUGACAUAGAUUUGCUUGUUUUUAAGGAAAAUGGUUAAAAAAUAAAAUGUGUAAUUUA